AUGGCCGAAGAGAACAAUACGUUUUUCAACUUUUCCAAGGAGGAGGAAAGGGUGCUUGAUCAGUGGGACAAGGCUAAGUCCUUUGACCGCACACUUGAGUUGACCCAGGAUCUUCCUAGAUUUGCCUUUUUUGAUGGUCCUCCAUUUGCAACUGGUACACCUCACUACGGUCACAUCUUGGCUUCCACAGUCAAAGACAUCAUUCCACGUUAUGCCACAAUGAACGGUUUUCACGUGGAAAGAAGAUUCGGUUGGGAUACCCACGGUUUACCAGUGGAGCACGAGAUUGACAAGAAAUUGGGCAUCACUGGAAAAGAGGAUGUGAUGAAGAUGGGUAUCGACAAGUACAACGCCGAGUGUCGUUCCAUUGUUAUGAGAUAUGCUGACGAAUGGAGAAGAACUAUCCGUAGAUUAGGUCGCUGGAUUGACAUGGACAACGACUACAAGACUUUGUACCCUGAAUUCAUGGAAUCCGUGUGGUGGGCAUUCAAGGAAUUGUACAAGAAAGAUGCUGUUUACAAGGGUUUGCGUGUCAUGCCAUAUUCUACUGGCUGUACCACACCUUUGUCCAACUUUGAAGCGCAACAGAAUUACAAGGACGUGAACGAUCCCGCAGUGACUGUUGGUUUCCCUUUGGUAAGCGACGAGAACACCUGGUUGGUCGCUUGGACUACCACACCUUGGACCUUGCCUUCUAACAUCGGUCUUGCUGUCAAUAAGGACCUUGAGUACGUCAAGAUUUUUGAUGAAGAGAAACAGAGAAACUACAUUUUGUUGGAGAGUUUAUUGAAGACAUUGUACAAGAAACCAGCCCUGGCUAAGUACAAGGUGGUUGAAAAGAUCAAGGGUCAAGACUUGGUUGGCCUUCAGUACAUUCCACCUUUCGACUACUUUUACGACAGCUUCAAGGAGCAUGGUUUCCGUGUCAUUGCUGCUGAUUACGUUUCUGACGACUCUGGUACCGGUAUUGUUCACCAGUCUCCAGCUUUUGGUGAGGUCGAUUUUACUGCGUGUCUUGAGGCUGGCAUUAUCAAUGAGAAGAGACCACCUCCAAACCCCGUGGACGACAACGGUAAAUUUACAGAAGCCGUUAAAGACUAUGCUGGCGUCUAUGUCAAAGAUGCUGACAAGUUGAUCAUUAAGCACUUGACCGAAACCGGAAGAAUGUUGCUUGCUACACAGAUUAAUCACUCGUACCCAUUCUGCUGGAGAUCUGACACUCCUUUGUUGUACAGAACAGUGCCUGCCUGGUUUGUUCGUGUGGGUGAAGUUAUUCCAGACAUGUUGGCCAACGUUGAGAAAACAAACUGGGUUCCUUCAAACAUCAAGGAAAAGAGGUUUUCCAACUGGAUUGCCAACGCCAGAGACUGGAACGUCUCCAGAAACAGAUAUUGGGGUACACCAAUGCCUAUCUGGGUUUCUGACGAUUAUGAGGAAGUUGUGUGUGUCGGUUCUAUUGCUGAAUUGAAGGAAUUGUCCGGUCGUGAUGACAUAACCGAUAUCCAUAGAGAAAGCAUCGACCACAUCACCAUUCCUUCUAAGAUGGGCAAAGGUCAAUUGAAGAGAAUUGAGGAAGUGUUUGAUUGUUGGUUUGAAUCUGGUUCGAUGCCAUAUGCCUCUCAACAUUACCCAUUUGAAAGACAAGACGUCUUCCACAAGGCUUUCCCAGCCAACUUUAUUUCUGAAGGUUUGGACCAAACUAGAGGUUGGUUUUACACUUUGACUGUCUUAGGUACACAUUUGUUCAAUACUGCUCCAUACCAGAAUGUUAUUGUGUCAGGUAUUGUCUUGGCUGCUGACGGUAAGAAAAUGUCUAAGCGUUUGAAGAACUACCCAGACCCAACUAUCGUGUUGGAGAAGUAUGGUGCAGAUGCUUUGAGAUUGUACUUGAUUAACUCUCCCGUCUUGAGAGCAGAAACCUUGAAAUUCAAGGAAGAAGGCGUCAGAGAAGUUGUCUCUUCUGUCUUGUUGCCAUGGUACAACUCGUUCAAGUUCUUGAAGGAUGCUGCUGAUCUCUUCAAGAAGGAGAACGGCGCUGAUUUUGUUUACGAUCCUUCCUUGGCUAGCGAAAAUGUCAUGGACAGAUGGUUGUUGGCAGCCAUUCAAUCAUUGGUCAAGUUCGUGCACGAGGAAAUGCAAGCCUACAGAUUGUACACUGUUGUUCCUAAAUUGUUGGGUUUGAUUGACAACUUAACUAACUGGUACAUCAGACUUAACCGUUCUCGUAUCAAGGGUGACACAGAUGGUGGAUUGGAAGAUACAAAGAAGGGUCUCAACACUUUAACCGAAGCAUUGUUCAUUUUGUCCCGUUUAAUGGCACCAUUCACCCCAUUCUUGGCAGACGGUAUUUACCAAAGAUUGAAGCCUUUCUUCACCACUGAAGAGUUAGAGAAGUAUUGCGUCAAUCCUAACAUCAAGGAUAUUGCCUCCAUCCAUUACUUGGCUUACCCUACUGUUAGAGAGGAGUGGUUUGACUCUGACAUCGAAUUGGCUGUUUCCAGAAUGCAGAAAGUAAUUGACUUGGGUCGUAAUAUCAGAGAGAAGAAGAUGAUUUCUUUGAAGACUCCAUUGAAGGAGUUGGUGGUGGUGAACUCUAACGAAUCCUAUUUGAAGGACAUUGAGUCUUUGAAGGGAUACAUCACUUCUGAAUUGAAUGUCAGAAACAUUGUCAUUACUUCUGACGAGGAAGCUUACGGUGUACAAUACACAGCAGUUGCUGACUGGCCUGUUCUCGGUAAGAAAUUGAAGAAAGACGCCAAGAGAGUCAAGGCUGCUUUACCUAAUGUGUCUUCAGAUGAAGUUAAGGCGUUUGCUCAGACCGGUAAGAUUUCUGUUGAUGGAAUUGACUUGGUCAGCGAGGAUUUGCAAGUUCAACGUGGUUUACCUGCAUCGGACACAGCAUCUGGACACGAGUCUCGUUCUGAAAAGGAUGUUUUGAUCAUUUUGGAUGUCAACUCUUACCCAGAGUUGCUCAGCGAGGGUUUGGCUAGAGAGUUGAUCAAUCGUAUUCAAAGAUUGCGUAAGAAGGCCGGUUUGAAUACCACCGACGAAGUCGGGGUGGAAUACCAGGUUGUUAAAGACACUAUUGAUUUCGAGAAUGUGUUGAAGAACAACAGUGACUUGUUGCUCAAGUGCACCAAGAAAGCAUUGCAACCUUUCUCGUCAUCUUCCUCUGACGCCAUUAUCAUUGACGAAGAGCAGGCUAUCAACGAUACCACGUUUAACUUGAGAUUGUUGAAGCUUUAG